UUAUUGUUAUUGAUGCUAAGGAGGAGCAAAGCAAAUGGCGGACAAGCGCGCUCGCAUACUGACUUUUUACCGUGUGAGCAUGUUGUAAUUUUACAUGGAUUAAUAAGACACAGUGAAAUAAAUACUGGCCGUUUAGUGAAUCGACUGAAGAGCAUAUUUGUGAAUUGGCAAUGUCAGACAUAAACCCGACAGGAAGCAGCCCAGAAGACGCUUCAUUUUCUUUCAAUAGGCUGCCUGGACCAGACGGCCUUCGAAGAAGUUCCUCCCGAUCAAUAAAGCGUAAGAAGUUUGACGACGAAGUUGUAGAUACAAGUAACCCGUUCAAGAGAAUGCCAUCAUCACGGAGAAGCUCUGAGUCCAGUCAGCCCGAUCAAAAGCCAUCGCCUCUUGCCAAAAAGGUUUCAAGACAAUCUUCUGCUUUAAAGAAAAAGUCCAAGAGAGUUAAACCCCAGCCUGUUCCAUCAGAUUUUGGAAGAUGGAGACCUACUGAUGAUCUGGCUUUGAUAACAGCUGUUCAACAGACAAAUGAUCUCAAUGCAGUUCACCUUGGGGUAAAGUUCUCAUGUCAUUUCACAUUACGGGAAGUCCAAGAAAGGUGGUAUGCUUUGCUGUACGAUCCAGUGGUUUCAAAGCUAUCUCAGCAAGCCAUGAAACAGUUACCAACCGACGUGAUACAAGGUAUCCAGAGCAGUGCAUUAUGGAGCAAAGAAGAGGAACUAGUGCUUGUUGACAUUGCAUCGAACAGCAACCCAAAUUUACAGAGAUUCGAGAAUCUUUUCGAGGAGAAUCAGAGUAUUUUUCACAAAUCAAGAACCGCAAAAGCGUUGCUGAACCACUGGCUGUUAAUGAAGCACUAUCAGUUAUUGUCAGAUCAGUCUGCCCGCUCAAGUGAGACUGAUGUGAAUCUUCACGAUAUGGAAUCGAGACUCAAUGAUGAUGAAAUUUUAGAAUCAAAAGACGAAAUGCUAGAUCAAGAGCUGUUUUCCGUUGAUCGAAGGCAAAAGAGAGAAUUGAAACGGCUGGAGGAGGAGAUUCCCCAGUGGCAGGUUAUUGUGGAUGAAAUGAUUGGCAGUGGUUCAAGUGUCUCAGAAUUCGAUUCACAAACCCUUGCAGUUCUUCGCGGAAGGGUUGUACGUUACCUUAUGAGGUCUAAAGAGAUAACCUUUGGCCGAAAUACGUCCGACACGCGUGUAGAUAUCGAUUUCUCGCUGGAAGGCCCUACGUGGAAAAUCUCGCGUAGACAUGGCAUGAUCAAAAUGACGAACGAUGGCAAAUUUAUGCUGCAUAAUCAAGGCAGACGCCCUGUGUUCAUUAAUGGUGCCCCUGUGGUUGCCGGAUCAUCAAUACAGUUACCGCAUAACAGUGCAUUGGAGAUCUGUGGCUUGAAGUUCCUUUUCCUAAUCAACCCGGACCUUAAGAGAGUAAAAGAAGCCAAACAAGAGAGUUUGCUACGCAAAGAGCGAGCGGCAGAGGGCAAUACGACGUGAAGAUAUCUCCUAAUGAAGUCGAGGCUUCUUUAUUCGAGGUACGUUUGUUGAAUCCGAUAUAGCAACGUUCCUCUGCAUUUCAUGGUUGGGAAAUACAAAGAUAUUUCUUCACUGCGUGUAGCUGCUUCAUAAGCCCCAAAAGGAUUCUGAACACUGGCAGUUUCCGGACUCAGGGAAGCCGUACGUGUCCGCCCGUGAUCUCCAAACAAUUUGCAUUAACCAUGCUUACAUGCAACAUGGUGAUUUUUUGAACAUGAAGAUCUGAGCCUUCUCUUUUAUCCAUUGUUGUGUUGAUUGUUUUCCAAUGCUAAGUAUGUUAAGAGAAAACAUUUUGUUUAUUCUCGAUAUGCUUUAUUUGCAAUUAAGAAUUUAUCUUAAAUGAUAACUUCAAAGUUCAUUUUAGUAGUGGGAACAAAUCUUUACAAAGAAAGGGUUUAUGUCAAAUUAAGUCUAAUAAAGGUUAUAUUUUAUUGACACCGUACUUUACAAACGUGUUGGUAUGUAGUUUUUGGUCUCUUGCGUUGGUAAGGAAAGACUCGCCCAGUUUUUAAUGAAAACUUGCUUGUAACAUUCGCAUUGUGAUUUUCAUUAAAAACAUGGUUUAAUCCGUUACAUUUUGAUAAGGUGCCCCUGCUCCUUUCAAUCAUAAUUCUUUUUCAAUUUUGAUAAAU